AUGUAUGAAAAACGAGAGCUUUUACCGCAAUCGAUAGGUGCGGACUCGCGUCCCCGUCCGAGGUCCGUUUGGAUGACGUUAGUCCAAGUCGUAUUUGCCUUGAUACUACUAGGUACCACUUACAACGCAUUGUUUUCUUCACCUUUGAACCAUGGCGAUUUGAACGGUUUAGCGUAUUGCCCUCAGGUCAAGCCUCUUUUGCCGCAACAUGAUACCCCCGCGCUCUCCAAGCUGGACGAAUAUAUUACUUCGCCCAUCUUCCUUAACGAAACUGUAGUUCGUAUGCGCGGAGCAAUCCAGAUCCCCUCCCAGUCUUACGACGACUUGGGACCUGUUGGCGAAGAUAACCGAUGGGACGUAAUGUUUGACCUUGCCGCGUACUUAGAAAGAACAUUCCCGCUUAUCCAUAAGACCUUGGAACUUCAAAAGGUCAACACUCACGGGCUCCUAUAUACUUGGAAGGGAUCAGAGAGAAGCUUAAAACCGACUGUCUUCAUGGCUCAUCAAGAUGUUGUCCCUGUAGCUGAGUCGACUAUCGGACAGUGGACCCAUCCCCCUUUUAGUGGCCACUUCGACGGUCAUUUCAUCUGGGGCCGAGGAUCUAACGACUGCAAGAAUAAUCUCAUUGGUAUUAUGGAGGCUGUCGAAUUACUUAUAAAUGCGGGCUUCCAACCAAAGAGAACUUUAAUCUUAUCGUUCGGAUUCGAUGAAGAAGUAUCCGGGAGGGAAGGCGCCUCACAUCUUGCUGAAGUGCUGAUUUCCCGCUAUGGAAAAGACGGUGCUGCAGUCAUCGUAGACGAGGGAGCUGGAACGUCAACAGUUUGGGGUUCCACAUUUGCCCUUCCUGGAGUCGCUGAAAAAGGCGCUAUCGAUGUUGAACUCAUUAUUCGUAUGCCGGGCGGCCACUCCUCGGUUCCUCCUGCUCAUAAUGGAAUAGGAGUCAUGGCGGAACUGGUGACUGCUAUUGAAGACAAUCCGUACGAGCCACACCUGCAUUCCACCAACCCUUUCCUUGGUCUCUUACAAUGCGGCGCAGCUCAUAGUCCCGAAUUCCCAUCUAAGCUAAAGAAGCUUCUUCCGUCUCAUGACGGGGAAACUUGCUCUAAGAAAGACAGGCUGGCUUUAGAGGCAGCGAAAGCAGGCGACGUUGUCAAAUACUUAUUCACAACUUCGAUAGCACCCGACAUAAUAAGUGGUGGGGUCAAGAGCAACGCACUCCCAGAGCGUACUCGAGUCCUCGUCAACCACCGAGUCAAUGUCGGCGACCAUCCAUCUGAUGUACAGAAGAAACUAGUGAAGAUAGCUGAACAGAUCGCCAGUAAGCAUAACCUCACGGUUCACGCAUUUAAAGAUGAACCGGAAACGCCCCGGUCAAUCACCCUUAAGCUUAAUUCGAAGGCGGACACGCUAGAACCUGCACCAGUAACCCCAACGGCUGUUGAUGGGGUAACGCCGUAUUCGGUGCUUUCAGGUACUACCAGGGCUCUCUACGGUGAAAAGCUUCUUGUCUCGCCAGGAAUUAUGGCUGGAAAUACCGACACUAGGUAUUACUGGGACUUAACAAAGCACAUCUUCCGUUACGGCCCUGGGUGGGAUCCUGAGCAGGAAGGAUUUGAUGGAGUACAUACAGUUGAUGAGAAGCUUAGCAUAUUUGCGCAUAUUAAAGGUGUGCAAUGGUAUAGCCUCUUUAUCAGGAAUAUGGAUGAAGCUGGGUUAGCUUAA